UUCAGGGUUCCAGAUGAAGGAACAGUUGGUCAAGGAAGUCAGCUUUUCAGAGCUCAGCAGAUCAGACAUAAAUUUGUUAAAGAUGGUGUGGAACGUCAGUGGCCUCAUGAGAACAUGCAGAUUUCUUCUCUUAGUGAUUUUGUUUCUGCCAUGUGAGGUUACAACUUCUGUUUUAACUGUGAAUAAUAGCACUGAGAACUAUAUCCUGGACACUGAGCCUGGCUCCCAAGAAUCUCUGAAAUGUGCUGUUCAUAACCACACCAGAGAGGAAGAACUUCUCUGGUACCGAGAAGAGGGGACAGUGGAUUUGAAAUCUGGAAACAAAAUCAACUCCAGUACGGUCUGUGUUUCUUCCAUUAGUGAAAACGACAACGGAGUCACCUUUACCUGCAAGCUACAGAGGGACCAGUCAGUGUCCGUUUCAGUGGUGCUGAAUGUCACUUUUCCUCCUAUUCUAAGUGGAGAUGACUUCCAAACAGCGGAGGAAGGCAAUGAUGUGAGGCUGGUUUGCAGCGUGAAAUCCAACCCCCAGGCUAAAAUGAUGUGGUACAAAAACAGUAACAUCCUGAUUUUAGAGAAAAAUUACCAAGUCCAUCAGACAAGUGAGUCUCUCCAACUGUCAAUCACCAAAGUCAAGAAAUCUGACAAUGGAACCUACAGCUGUGUUGCAAAUUCAUCUGUGCGAAUGGAGACCAAGGACUUCCACCUCAUUGUUAAAGAUAGAACCGUGACAAUGCCAAUAGAACCCAUUAUUGCUGCGUGUAUUGUGGUCUUUCUGACGCUGUGCUUUGGACUCAUUGCUAGAAGAAAAAGAAUAAUGAAGCUGUGCAUGAAGGAUGAAGGUCCUCAAAGAGACACGGCUCUAUGAGCAAGCUGAGAUACCAUCUCACACAGAGAGAGGUUUGGAUCAGGACUUCCUUGAUUUAUGUAGUCCCAUCUGUAUUUAUUGCUAUUAUUAAAUUCACUCCUGUCAAAUUGUCA